UGACGGACGAUGGCAAAAUUUGACGAGCUAGUCCCCAUCUUCCUGCCGCCGGAUGUGUCAAUCCAGUCAGCAUGGUUUCCUUGUGGAGUUCGCAACAGAUUGAAGGUACACCUGUAGCACCUUGCAGGAUAGAAUGGGUGUGUGGGACUUAAUAAAGCCAACCCUUGCCAUUGAAUGAAGUAGAAGCUGAGGGUAUUCUCACACGGGAACCAGCUGAAGGCAGUUUUCGGGUCACAUUGGACAGGCCCGCCACCCAAAUGUACUUUUUGGUGACCCUUUUGUCAGCAGCCUGUGGACCGUGGAAGGACCCUUUUUGAGACCACCUCCACGGACCUUGUCCCACCUGCACAACGGUGAGUUGAGCCAACUCAACGGUGUGACAGCAUUACAUGCCUUUUUAAAAUCGAAAGAAAUAGCCACUGCAUUUAUAUAACUUUUAAAGGAAGGAUAGAGGACCGUGCUUCCCCUGGGCCCAGGGAAAAUGAGGCCGGCAGGUUGGAUGGGACAGACGUAGUGCCCCGUUUGGGCGGGCGAGCCCGCCUGUUCAUACGUUUUUUUUUCGGGGGCGCUUGGUACAGUUGCUGUUGGCGUGGCUUUAUGAACGGGGUCCCUUUUCGCUGCCGGUUAGUUUCGCGCCGCGCCGUCCAUUGCAGAAAGUGCUGUUCGGCAGGUGUCAGGCAGAUUCAACCAGGCAGUGCAUAUUUCCAUGUUCUAGCGGAAGAUUCAUGCACUUUAUGCGGAUCGUGCAGUUGGUGUUGGCACGACUUUAUGAACGGGUCCCUUUUCGCUACGGGUUGGUUAGUUUCGCGCCGCACCGUCCAUUGCAGAAAGUGCUGUUGGUCAGGUGUCAGGCAGAUUCAACCAGACAGUGCAUAUUUCCAUGUUCUAGAGGAAGAUUCAUGCACUUUAUGCGCAUCGUACAGUUGGUGUUGGCACCACUUUAUGAACGGUCCCUUUUCGCUGCGGUUGUCACUGUUGUCGUCGUCGCCGCUGGCACUGCAGGCACUGUUAUCUUUGUUGAAAGCACUGAUGAUGAUGAUGAUGCAUCUGUCAUUUCUGUUAUUUUUGUUGUUGUUGUUAUUACCACUGUUGUCUUCGCCGCUGCCAAUGCUGCUAAUGAUGAUGUCGCUGUUGAUUUUGUUGUUGGCGCUGAAUCCUUCAUUGUCUUCGCAGCCGCCGAUAUUGUUGUUGUUGUUGUUAUUACCGCGGUUGUCUUCGCCUCUGCCGAUGCUGCUAAUGAUGAUAUCGUUGUUGUUAUCGCUGUUGGCACUGUAACCUUCCUUGUCUUCAUGGCCGCCAGUAUCGCUGAUGUCGAUGUUGUUGUUGUUAUUGAUGUUGGCACUGUUACCUUUGUCGCUGCCUGCGCCGCCUCCAUGUCAUAUUCCAUGUUCUAGCAGAAGAUUCAUUCCGGUUUUGCUCAUCCUAUC